AUGGGUAAUAGACACUUCGACAAAUUUCAGAGGACCAGAUCCUCGAAAUUGCGUUGUCACCAACUCAUUUCUCACUUUGAAGCAAGAGAUUUGAUCAGCUUCGCUAGAGAGAGAGAGAGAAAGCUGGGGUCUUUCGCACCUCCUCCUCCUCCGCCAGCCCAGACGCAAGUCCCUCUGCCGCCGGACCCCGGUGAAAAACCUGUAGAAGACGGAGCUCAACUUUCAUCGGUUCCCAUUCACAUCGUUAGUUGUGCAACUCAACUUCCAGCUGAAUUUCUGGAACCCUCUUCUGAUAGGCAAUUAGUGAUUGGUUUUGAUUGUGAGGGUGUUGACCUAUGUUGCUAUGGCAGGCUUUGUAUCAUGGAGCUAGCUUUUCCAGAUGCUAUAUAUUUGGUUGAUGCCAUUCAGGGAGGUGAGAUGCUCAUGAAAGCUUGCAAGCCUGCACUCGAGUCUAUGUACGUCACCAAAGUUAUUCAUGACUGCAAACGAGAUAGUGAGAUUGCUUACCACCUUAUAGAGGAGCAAGAAGAAAGGAAGCGAUUGCCCGAUGAUUACAUAUCUUUUGUCAGCCUUCUUGCAGAUGCACGUUGUGGUGGACCCUAAGUUCUGGACAUACAGACCAUUUUCUGAAAUGAUGAUACGUGCAGCUGCAGAUGAUGUUCGAUUUCUUGUUUACAUCUAUCGCAAGAUGAUGAAGAAACUGAAUCCAC